CCUCUCGUCUGGGCUGAGGGCGGCAGUCGGCGCGACCGAUCGAACUCGUCCGAGAGCUCAUUUAUCCGGCUAAUGAGCGCCGCUCCAAUCUCGGAAAGGAGUGGCACCGGCCGGCCGAUCAUACCUGCUAUUGGCCCGACGCUCACCUGUUGAGCCCGGCCAAUCGAUGCUGGUCGCCGCCGCCGCCGCCGCUAGCGGGCGCACCGUCGCGCCGCCGCAUAGACUCGCCGAGCGAGCGCCGCCGGCGCCGGCAGCGGCGGAGCGCCGGCCAGGCGUCAUUCCCUCUGCUCUGCUGGCGGUGUGUGGUCGCUCGGCUCUCUGUCUCUGUGUCCGGCGCCCCUCGGCCGCUCUCGCUCUUCUGCAGCGCUGCUGUGUCGUCUCUGUCUCACCGUCUACCUUCUCUGUCAUCCUGGAGGCGUCCUGCGUCGAAAUGCGUGGUUCGGAGGAGCUGAUGACCGCUGCUGCCGUACCGACCAACGGUGCCAUGACACUCACGGCGGACAACAACAAUGACGCCAAGAAGGUGAAGCUGGACAGCAAGCCCAGCCGCGUGGUGCACAUCCGCAACAUCCCGACCGAUGUCAGCGAGACGGAGGUCAUCCACCUCGGCAUCCCCUUCGGCAAGGUCACCAACGUGCUCGUCCUCAAGGGCAAAAACCAGGCGUUCCUGGAGAUGGCGGACGAGGUGGCCGCCACUCAGAUGGUGGCCUACUUCGCCAACGGCACCGCCCAGCUGCGCGGCCGCUCUGUCUACGUCCAGUUCUCCAACCACAAGGAGCUCAAGACGGACCAGACGCACUCGAAUGCUAACGCGUCUGCUCAGGCGGCCCUGCAGGCUGCGCAGUCUAUGACGGGCGGUGACACCCAGGGUGGACCCAACACGGUGCUGCGGGUCAUCAUCGAGCACAUGGUCUACCCGGUCACACUAGAUGUGCUUCAGCAGAUUUUCUCCCGCGUCGGUAAGGUGCUGAAGAUCGUCACCUUCACCAAGAACAGCUCGUUCCAGGCGCUGAUCCAGUACCCGGACGUGGUGACCGCGCAGGCUGCCAAACUGCAACUGGACGGCCAGAACAUCUACAACUCGUGCUGCACCCUACGCAUCGAGUACUCUAAACUCACCAGCCUCAACGUCAAGUACAACAACGACAAAUCGCGCGACUACACCAAUCCCAGCCUGCCCACAGGUGACCCCACGCUCGAUUCGGCUGGCUUUAUGCUGGGAGGCGGGUCUCCCGGCAUGCUGUCGCCAUUCGGCCUGCACGGCCUGACACCGUCGCUGGCCGGCUUCGCGGGCAUGGGCGGAAUGGGAGGAAUGCCCGGAAUGGGCGGCGGAAUGGGAGGAGGCAUGGGCGGAGUACCAUUCGGCGGUCUGAUGCCCGGAAACCUGAGCGGAGCCGGUAUCGGCAUGGGCCGUCUGCAGGGUAACCCGCUCACCGGCGGAACGGUGCUGCUCGUCUCCAACCUGGAUGAGGAGAUGGCCUCUCCUGAAGCUCUCUUCACUCUCUUCGGCGUUUACGGUGACGUAACUCGCGUGAAGAUCCUCUUCAACAAGAAGGACAACGCCCUGGUACAAAUGGCCGAGCCGCACCAGGCCAAUCUCGCACUCAGCCAUCUGGACAAGGUGAAGGUGUGGGGCCGCCAGAUCCGGGUGAUGCCCAGCAAACACCAGGUGGUGCAGAUGCCCAAGGAGGGUCAGCCGGACGCCGGCCUCACCAAGGACUUCACCAACUCUCCGCUGCACCGCUUCAAGAAGCCGGGCAGCAAGAACUACCAGAACAUCUACCCGCCGUCGGCGACGCUGCACCUCUCCAACAUCCCGCCGCACGUCACCGAACAGGAUAUCCGGCAGGCCUUCGAGGUGGCCGGCUUCGACGUCAAAAACUUCAAGUUCUUCCCGAAGCGUGACGCCAUUGAGGGCGACAACGGCCAGCGGCGGGACCACCGGAUGGCGCUCGUGCAGCUGAGCAACGUCGAGGAUGCCGUCAUGGCUCUCAUUAAAAUGCACAACUACCAGCUCAGUGACGCUAAUCACCUCAGGGUCUCCUUCUCAAAGUCAACGAUCUAGGCCGCGCCACGGUGACUGACGGCCAACGACAGAGCGUGUGUCACAACGGCGCGACGGUGGCGCCACUGGCGGCCGGCCGCGGAAGCUCCGCGCUUCAGAGACGUCCGCCGCCGCGGAGACUAUUUUUGCAUUUGCUUACAUUAGAUAGUGUAUAGUUGCGUUCGGCUGGCCGCGCCGCCGGUGUGGGCUGGUGCCGGCCGGUAUUGUAGCUGUGGACCCGUCACCAGAAGGACGGCCGCCGAGCGCGGCUGCCGAGCGGGCCGGCCGCGCCGCCACGGACCAGACUGCGGCCGCGGCCGGCCCGCGGCGCUGGCGCACAGACGCGCGCGCCACUGAGUUCAGAGGAGACAACGUUAAGAAGACGUGUAGUGUACCAUUCCUGUAACAGCGAACAAAAUUUGUGAAGGCAUUGUGUUGUUAAUUUAUUGGUGUGUGGGUGUCGGCGAAGGUGCGCGCGCGCGGCGCCGGCGGAAGGCCGCCGGUCGCUCCGCGCGCCGCCCCGCCAGGGAACUACAAGGGAACAAAUCACAACGGGGGCGUGGCGGCCGCGACGCACCCGCCAACAGUAUUGUGACAGCUUUAAGGCCCGCCCGUCAAAUUGGUUUGGGCUGUGACAAUCCUCUAAAACCAGCACAAACAACAUCUUCACCCGCCCGCUCGGAUAGUUGGCCGCCCGGCCGCUGGGCGGCGCGCGCGUCGCCCCGGCGGCCGGGCGUGAACAUAUCAACUCCCAAACCUGCUAUUUUUGUACCAUCUCGGUGCCUUUUGGCUAGCGAGCUCGGGAGCGGACGCGGCUCCCGCUCUCCAGUACCCUUGUUCUCUCUCUAAACCCUGUGCAUAAAUAUACAUAGCUGUCUCCUUUAGAGUUGGUUGUAGCUGUUUGUGUCUGGAUUUUUUACUCGUAGAGGUCGCCGGCGGCCGGCGCGACGCCGUUUGUAUUGGAUUUGUAUUGCUGGUCGUAUGGUGUGUGUCGCUGUUGUCAGGACGCGCGGCGGUGUGUGUAUGUGUGUGUGUGGUGGUGACGUCACCACCAGGGUGGGUGGGCGCGUGUGACGUCACACGGGGCAGCUGUUGAGUUGUUGGACGAGCCAGGGACGCCGCGCGAGAACGCGCGCCACUGGCGCCCGAGAGCCAUUUUUGUAAUAAAAGCCGGUAGCGCCGAGGUUGUUGGCCGGCCCGACUGGUGCCCGCCGCUGUCCGUCGUCUGAGCUGUCCGCUGUCCGCUGUUCGUUCGCUCCCUGUCCGCCUGGGCCGUCUCUCCGGCCGCUGCCACCCAUGACCGCUGCGCGCGCCGCUCGUUGCUCGAUCGUCCGUCUGUCUGUCUGUCGUCUGCCUCACCUGUGCUCUCUGCGCGCCGCUCGCAUCUGACCCCUCUCGCGCGCGCGCGGUGUGUUAUUCCAGUAAUUAAACCUCCUCGACGUUGA